UCGACUUUACGUAAUAAAGUAUUUUGACGUUUUGUCGUUUGACUUAUUAAGAAGUAUACUACAGCUCUUUGUUUACGUUUAACGUUGUUUUAAUUUUUCUUUGUUUAUUCAUUGUUUGCAUCAAAAAUCAUUAUGAAUUGGUCAAAAAUACAAGAAAUAAUUGGUGAAGAUAUACCAAAUUGUGUAAAAACGUUUUUAUCGGUGUGUGCGUAUGAUACUUUCUCAAGUAUUCAAAACAUUUCGAGUGAAAGCAUAAUUGAUAUCGAACGUCACAUGAAUACUUGUCCAGACAUUAUAGCAAAUCUUGAUUGUUGCCAUUCGGAUGAAUAUAAAAAACAACGGCAUUUUAAACUUCUACUAGGUCAUAGAGAUUUUUUAUUAUCGAUAUCAAAAUACAAAUACAAUGCAUCUCAUGAAGUUCUUUCAAGUAUUACGCGAAAUGUGGGAAAAAAAUUAACACUUCCAGUCGUGUUACAAGCAAUGGUAGAAUCAUGUGAACAAAACUCAGGAAGGAAUAAAUACCAUGUGCAGUACAACGACUUGAUUCGAUAUUUUUCAACGUACACAUUUCUGUCGGCCGGUCGUUCUUCGUAUGAAUUUUUGAGAAGCAAUCUUGAUCUACCAUCUACGAAAACUGUCCUCAAUUGCAUUGAAAAUAACAAGUCAACAAUCAUUGAAGGGAAACUACGAUGUCAAGAACUAUCGGAGUAUUUGAUUAAUUUGAAUGCCGUCAAAAGUGUCUGGAUCUCAGAAGAUGCAACAGCCUGUAUUCCUACAAUUAAAUAUGACCCAAAGACAAAUCAACUUGUAGGAAUUUUGUUGCCUACGAAUAACACAGGAUGCCCUAUUCCAUUCAGUUUUCUUGCGAAAGAUGCCGAUACGAUUGGCCAAUAUAUAACUCUGCCAAAGUCAAAAUUUGCUUAUGUGAUUAUCGCACAAGCAUUGGAUGAAACUGUGCCUCCAUUUAUUCUCCAAAUGUUUGGUACAGGUGUUGGAUCUUUUAAAUCUCAUGAUGUACUUCGUAGAUGGGAUUUUACAAUUGAAGAGCUCGAAAAAUAUGGAAUCGAGGUGGUGGGUGCUUCUUCUGAUGGGGACACAAAAUUGUUAGCUGCAAUGUGUGGUAAGAUGUGCGGAAUUGGAAGAGACCUUAUCGUUACGCAAGACCACAUACAUCUUGGAAAUAAAUGUCGAAAUCGAAUGUUGAAGCAAGAUGUACAUUUACCAAUGGGAAAAUUCGAAGUGUCGAUAAAGCAUUUACAAUCACUUGUAAUGAAUGUACAAAAAAGCGUUCAUGGUUUAUCGCAAGUGGACGUCUGUCCAAUUGAUCGAAUGAAUUAUGAUUCUUUUGAGAAAGUGACCAGGGAUAGAACAAUCGAAUCGUUGCAAAAACACAUCAAAAAUAGUGAUGCCACGAUACAAUAUUUAAAAGUUUGCCGCGACGCAACAAUGAGUUAUAUGGAAAACGGUUUAACUCCAAUCGAACGAAUAAAAAAAAUAUGGCACGCUUUAUUUUUCUUCCGAAUUUGGCGUAGUUAUGUCACAUCCUCAACACGAUACACAUUGGGAGAUAACUUUUUGACUACAAAUGCGUACAUGUGCGUUGAAAUUAAUGCACGGAAUCUGAUUCGGCUUAUCAAAAAAUUUCGAGAUGCGAAUCAACCAGAACAUUUUUUGCCUGGUAUUUUUGACAGCCAAGGCUGCGAAAAUAUUUUUCGGUUAUUUCGUUCAAUGGGAACGACACAAUAUACGAAAAUAAACUUCAGCUUAUAUGAAUUGAUGCAUAUGAUUAGAAGAGUGGAAACACUAAACGAUAUUGCAUACGUCAAAUUGGCUGAAAAAAAAGUGAAUUUUCCGAAUAAAAGAACAGGCAAAGCCAUCAUUUUUAAUUUGCCGUCAGAUGAGGAAAUUGAUGCAAGUAUUGCCAUUGCUAAAUCUCAAGCAAUUGAAAAUGCAGCAACGCUAGGAAUGUCUACUACAAAUAACAUAGAUGAAUUCGAAAUUCGCUCCAAUCUGCAAUUUGAUGAGGAAGAGGAAGAUGAUACAGAAGCAUUUAUUGAAAAUACUAAUGCUGAAGACGAAGAAGUAAUUUUGGCUGAGUCUGACAAAGAUGAAAUGGAAGUUGACGAAACCUCACGCUUCGUUAUUGUACAUGAUGAAAAUGGUGCAAAAAAAAAAAUUCUCAAAUCUACGUUAAUUUGGAUGCUAACAGAGCCGCGCGAUAAAAUCAGUAACGAUCGACUUAGACGAGUUCAAGUUCAUAAUGAUGAAGGAUAAUCAAUUAAAUAUUUCAUACACUUUUUAACUUUCACAAUUAUGUAGCGGCCCUGUUAUGUUUAAGAUUUAAAAAGUACUGUUUUGAAAUU